AUGACUCUUUGUACAUGGCUCGCCAUUCUUUUGUUACAAUCUGGAGAUAUCCAUGAAAACCCUGGCCCUGUUUCCACAAGUUCUACUGAAUCAGACGUUCUUUCGAGUUUCAGAUAUCAUCUUUCCUUAGUCCAUUUAAAUGUUCAAAGUGUACGUAAUAAACUUGACCUGCUCUUUACUGAACUCAACGAGUUUGACAUACUCGCUUUCUCGGAAACAUGGCUUAACGACUCGGUAUCGUCUGAGGACCUCUUGCUUUUGUCAUUUCAUAAACCCGAAAGGAAAGAUCGUACAUUUGAUUCUCAUGGUGGAGUUAUGUUAUAUGUUAAAAGCAACUUGCAUUAUAAAAGGAGAUAUGAUUUAGAACUAAACCGUGUAGAAAAUAUUUGGAUAGAGCUCAGACUCGAAAAUAACAAACGUGUCCUGAUCGGUCUUUUCUAUCGCGCUCCUAACUCCAACACACUUUACAAUAAUGAUAUUGAAGAUUCUAUCUCAUUAGCUGUUGACACGGAUAUUAAUGAUAUCAUUGUUACAGGCGAUUUUAACUAUGACGCAUUUAAUACUAACACAAAUAGAAAAAUUCUUUCAAUUUGUCAACAAUUCAAUAUGGAACAAAUAAUUGAAGAAUCAACUCACUUCACAGAAUCGAGUCAGUCAUUGAUCGAUCUCAUUUUUGUUUCAAAUAAAAAUACUAUUAUCAAAUCUGGAGUAGGCGAACACAUCCUUGACCAAGAACAGCGUUACCAUGUUCCAGUUUUUUGUCUUUUUAAAUUCCGUAAACCAAAACAACAAUGCUUUCAACGCACUAUAUGGGAAUACAAUCGUGGUGAUUACGUCAAGCUUCGAAAUGAUUUUAACAGUUUCCAAUGGGAAGAAUGUUUCGAUUUCAAUAUCAGUAAAUACGCAGACAACGUCUCAAAUCAAAUUUUAAUAAUCUCUAAAUAUAAUAUACCAAAUAAGGAUAUAUAUGUAAGACCUCUAGAUGCCCCAUGGAUAACAAAUACUAUCAGGUCAAAUAUUCGUAGACGUAAACGAUUGUACAGAAAAGCCAAAUUAACUCAAUCCAAUAUGCACUGGGUGAAAUUUAAACAAUUAAGAAAUCAAAUAGUAUCUCAGAUUAAAGAGGCGAAAGCUAUUUAUUACUCUAAAUUAUCGGACAAACUAAAACAGGAAUCGUUAUCUUCAAAAGACUGGUGGAAAAUAUUAAAAUCUUUUAUCUCACCUACACAGACAACGUCAAUUCCCCCAUUACAAAAUCAAAACACCCAGGAAAUUGUAUUCUCUGAAGACCAAAAGGCAAACCUAUUGAACGAGUAUUUCUUAAAUCAAACCUAUAUUGAUAAUUCUGACUCAAAUGUUCCUGACCUAGGUCCACAAACAACGUCCACUGUUAUCAACGAUCUUUUACUAACUGCAUCUGAAACUGAAGAUAUUCUUAAAUCUCUUAAAGUCGACAAAGCAUCUGGACCAGAUGGUAUUAGUAAUAAAAUUUUGCGUGAAGCCGCAAAAGAACUCUCUUUUCCUUUAACUAAUCUGUUUAAUCAGUCUCUAUCUUGCUGUAAAGUACCAGCUUCUUGGAAGGAAGCCCAUGUUACUGCUAUCUUUAAAAAAAGGUGA